UGAUUAUUGAGGCAAUAACAUGGUUUCAUUGGUAAUUCUAUUUGCAUUAUUCGGAUGUACCUUAGGUCAAUAUAAACCGAAUGUAGCUUCUUCUCCAGAAGCCGCAGCUCGUAUAUUAAGUCAAUCUCAAGACGGUCCUAAUCCUGAUGGAUCCUACGCUUGGAGUUACGAAACGGAUAAUGGUAUUUCCGCAAGGGAAAACGGCGUACCAAAAGCAGCAGACACACUCGCAGCUCAGGGUGAAUUCAAAUUCACUGCUCUAGACGGUACUCCCAUUCAAUUAAUUUACGUUGCCGACGAAAAUGGAUUCCAACCUCAAGGUGCACAUUUACCAACACCCCCACCUAUUCCAGAUGCUAUAUUGAAGUCCCUCGAGUACAACGCUCAACAUCCAGAAGAAGAUGACAGUCAAAAUCCUGGUCUAAGAAGUGGAUAAUUUAAGAAUAUUAUAUUAAUAU